UAUAGAAACCUUGUUCAGUAUUUUGUCUUCAAUUUUAUUCUUCUGCGUUUUCUUCCUCCCCUUAUCUUAUUCCCUCUCCAAAGCUCUCUAGCGCUUCAGCCGAACCAUAAUUUUCAUUUUUUUUUUCCAUUUAAAAACAAAGCAAGUGAGUCCAUUUAUGUCUUAAUUUAUGUAAAAAAAAAAAAAAAAACAAAUCAUUUUUUUUUCUUUUUUAAACAGUUGAAGUAGAAAAUGGCAGCAGCUAGGAUAAACAUGAACUGUUCAAUACAAAGCAGCCUUUCUUGUUUAUUAAAACCAUCAUAUUUUUUCAAUUUUAAAACUACCCAGUUCAAAAAUCGACUUUAUUUCCCUCAAAAUCACUUCAUUUCUUCAAAAAGAUCAUUGCUUUGUACUUGUUCAAGCAAUAAUAACAAUAAUAAUAGUAAUUUCCAAACUGGAGAAAAGGUUGAGCCUUUUGUUAUUACAACUCCUCUUUAUUAUGUCAAUGCUCCUCCUCAUAUGGGUAGUGCUUACACUACUAUUGCUGCAGAUGCCAUUGCCAGGUUUCAGAGGCUUUUGGGAAAGCGAGUCAUUUUUAUUACUGGGACAGAUGAGCAUGGGGAGAAGAUAGCUACAGCAGCCUCUGCUUGUGGCUCCAGCCCAAGUGAGCAUUGUGAUGUUAUAUCUCAAGCUUACAAAAUGCUGUGGAAACAUUUGGAUAUAGCUUAUGACAAAUUCAUUCGCACAACAGAUCCAAAACAUGAAGCAAUUGUCAAGGAAUUUUAUUCUAGAGUUUUUGCCAAUGAUGACAUUUACAGGGCAGACUAUGAGGGACUGUAUUGUGUCAAUUGUGAGGAGUAUAAGGAUGAGAAAGAACUGCUUGAAAACAAAUGUUGUCCUAUGCACCUAAAGCCUUGUGUUCCUCGCAAAGAGGAUAAUUUCUUCUUUGCAUUGUCAAAAUACCAAAAAUCACUAGAAGAAACUUUGGCACAAAAUCCAAAUUUUGUUCAGCCUUCAUACCGUUUGAAUGAGGUGCAAAGUUGGAUCAAAAGUGGCUUACGAGAUUUUUCAAUUUCCCGAGCAGCUGUGGAUUGGGGUAUUCCGGUUCCCAAUGACAAUAAGCAAACAAUAUAUGUUUGGUUUGACGCACUCCUUGGCUAUAUAUCAGCUCUGUUGGAGGUUAAGGAGCAACCUGAUUUACAAAGUGCGGUUUCUUCAGGUUGGCCUGCCUCACUACACUUGAUUGGAAAGGAUAUUUUACGUUUUCAUGCUGUUUACUGGCCAGCUAUGCUAAUGUCUGCUGGAUUGAGUCUCCCUAAGAUGGUGUUUGGCCAUGGUUUCUUGACAAAGGAUGGCAUGAAGAUGGGGAAGUCACUAGGGAAUACAAUUGAACCAAAUGAAUUGGUUCAUAAAUUUGGGUCUGAUGCAGUCAGGUACUUCUUCCUGAGGGAGGUAGAAUUUGGAAAUGACGGGAAUUAUUCAGAAGACCGUUUCAUUAAUAUUGUAAAUGCACAUCUUGCCAAUACAAUAGGAAAUCUUCUCAACCGUACUCUUGGACUUCUUAAGAAGAACUGCCAAUCAACUUUAGUGGUUGAUUCAACCAUUGCUGCUGAAGGAGAGGAUUUUAAGGAUACUGUUGAGAAGCUGGUUGAAAAAGCUUGCAUCCAUUACGAAAAACUCUCCCUAUCAUCUGCUUGUGAAGCUGUGCUAGAGAUCAGUAAUGCUGGAAACUCGUACAUGGAUAAGCGUGAACCAUGGUCUCUUUUUAAGCAAGGAGGUGCUGCCUCUGAAGCUGCAGCAAAGGGGGCUUAUUCCUUUUCGGUAUUGAGACAGGAUCUUGUGAUCAUAUUGGAAGCAAUGAGGAUCAUCGCAAUCGCUUUAUCACCAGUCACGCCUAACUUAUGUAGGAGGAUAUAUGCACAGCUUGGCUACUCUGAGGACCAGUUCAACAAUUUAAACUGGAGUGAAACGAAGUGGGGUGGACUAAAGGGUGGUCAGGUAAUGGCUCAACCUAAACCAGUCUUUGCAAGAAUUGAACAGAUGACGGAGACAGAAAAUGGGGGUGAAGCAGCUAAAAAGGUUGUGAAAAGGAAAGAGAAAAAGCGCCAAGUUCAAGGGGUGGUAGAAGCCUAAGAUUCCAAUUUCAAAGGAUUCUUUUCCAAUAGCAACCAUCACAGCAAUAUCUAUGGAUGAAGAUCAUGACAUAAUUUACUUAUAAUAAUUGCCAAUAAUUGCCAUAUCUUCCCAGCAUAUGGAAGAAAUUUUCUGGUUGAUGGAAAUCUGCUUCCUAUUGGAAUUCUUUUUUUAUGUUAAACGUAAUUCUUAUACUCCAACUUGUGGGUAGAAUGCAGAUGAUUUAGAGAAAAAGGGUUGCUUUAUUAAUUUGUUUUGCUCAAGGGUACUCUUUGCUUUUGCUUUUGUAUUUGAUGACAGGCAAGGAGAUAGAGAGCUACAAAGGUGUUUUGAUAAGGGCUAGAAUUUUUAUUGGUAUUUAGGGGUGUAAGGGAGCCAAGAUAGUAGUGAGCUGUUGUGCUCGAGCAGAUACUAGUGAGCUACUCAAGCAUUCAAGUUUGGCUUUCAAAGAUGUAUUGUAAGUUAAGCUCGACCCGUUUGAAUAGCCGAGUGAGCUGAAUUCGAGGGUAUUAAUGCUUGGCUCAAGCAGUUCACAAGCUUACUCGAGCUACUCGAGUUUGGCAUUGAAAGACUGUGUCUGAGCUAAG